ACUAGAAACCAUUUUGAACUCCACUCGCCUCCUGAACCCCAUAAGACAAAACGACUUAUUCUCUGCCGCUCGUAGUACGCCACUUUCUGUGACAUCAUCCCAAGUAACGCGCGGAAUACAGCCGCACCUGCAAUAUAUAUACAACACCAGACCGCGGCGCAUUAGAUAAGUACUUUUCUGCUUCCUCUUCUGCACCAGGAACAGCAUGUUGGGAGUUCCCGGGCUGCGGUCGCUGGACUUGGACGAUCGGGGCACGACGGGUGGCACCUCGCCAUCCGCCCGUGCGUCGCUGCGAACCCCGCGGACGCCGGUUCGAACGCCGCGGAUCGGGCUCACGCACGCGUUUGGGCAGCCGCUGCCGCAACCGAUGGACUACCCGUACCAGGGUUUGGUGUACGGGGAGACCUACUCCAAGAAGACCGUGGCAACCGCCCAAGACGACGACGACGACGAGGACUUCGACAAGCUGGGCGCGGAACUCCACACCAACUUCCCGGCGGAGGGUUUGUUCCACUCCAAAGAUGUUCCUACGCUAGUGAAACACGCCGUGGGCCGAGCCAGUCUUGCGGAAGCGGAAGAGUUUAGAGAAACACGGACAAUUUUUUAGUUUGACAUAAUAAUGCAUGUCGCACCAGCCGAUGUUCUAUGGUCGAGGCAAACGUUCGGUUGCGGCCAUGAAAGAGCAUCAAUAGAUACACAUUUUUCACCGCUGCACACACUGCUUGGAUAUGAUCUCUACUCCCGCGACUGCUCCAAGUGGUUGGCCCUUGAUUGCGCUUGCAUACUCCUCGGUAUGCCGAAUUGUACGUUCCACUUGGGGACUCCGCUGCACUCGAUCAAGCAGAACGUGUUUCAGACGGAAAAGUUUGGACCCUACACCUUGCCGGCGGGUGUGGGGACGAAUGGAACGAGACUCCAGAUUCCCGGCUUUCGGUUCAACAAGUCCGGCAUUGAUCGUAUUUUGUUUCUUGAAAUAAGUGUUUUUUCUGUUCUUAUUUUUUCUACCCUAAAAACCCUGUUGCUGCCCGCCUCUCGCCGCAGCGUUUCGUCGCGCCAGUUUUGGUUUUGUAUUGCUGCAACCAACGGGUUUCAUUUGUUGGUAAAAUUUUGGAAUCCAAUCUUCUCAAGGAACUACUGACAACAAUUACUCCCACCACAGUGCCCAAGCUAAACCUCGGCGCGGCGGCCAUGCACUACGUGAAAAUUGAUCCCAGCAGAAAAAAUACGGAUCUUACGAGAAGAAAAACUGUGGCGCAGUUCGUCAUCAUGCAUGCGUGUAUGUGAUUAUCGACCUUUACGUGAUCCAUCGAGUUUGCGACCCCGAGCGGGGAAAGCUUUUGCAACACUUGUGUUGCCUUUUUUGUGCCUGGCAUACAAGGGAAAACUAUGCCAAGGUUUUUCAUUCUCCCGUUCAUAGCCGCAGUCGUGAUGUCGCCAAUCCUGACUCCUCGCCCGGGAAUCAUGGACAAGCACCACUUUCACUUCACGCCAAGGCUGAACCCGCUGGUCGCAAAUACCAAAUACGAGUAUUACGCCCUGACCGUCCCGAAGUUUUUACGCAAGAAGGAAAAAGAGUUUUUCGUUCGAGCCGGGGAGUGGCUUCUGCCUCACACGCCAGGACAUAUUUUCACUAUGGAUAUAAUUUUUUUAUUAGCCCUACGAAGGAGCACCCUGAACAUGUCGAAAAAGGCACGUGCUGCCGCCACGCGGCGCAUGAGCAGAAAGUAGAUCCAAACUACAUACGAUGCAGCUACUGAUGCAGCAGCACGAUAAGAGAAAAAUGACCUCUUUCAGACGCUUUUUAUGUUGCGUGAGCUACUCCCCGUGAACAGCUCGGGUAUUUUUAUUCUUUCAUAUCUGAAAAACGCCCCGUAUGUGACACCGCGGGAUUUCGUGGGAACCACAAAGUACGAGAGAUCACAAAUUAUCCCCCCUCUAUUCUACUUAAAGGGCAAGCGCAGUGACAGAAAUGCCAUCUUCAUUUCGAGUUGACAGAAGUGAGAUACAUCGAGUUGAUGCGCUGCUGAGAUCUGUGGUUCUGGUCGGUCAUCGCAAGUUUGUCAUGCGAGCAAAGGCAAAAGGCAGCAACAGGAUUUGGUGUGUUGUGCGACAGAUGGUAUCAAAGGGAGGGGGGAGGCUGUGCACUUUCAUACGAAGGAUCUGAAUUUUACCACGGCGGAAACCGGUGUCUCGACUGUAUGGCGGUCGAAGAUUUGAGUCAAGGAUGCAUCUGUCAGGUUGUGAGGAUAUGAAGAGGCGGCUUCGUUAAAGAAAAUUACAUUUAUAGGUGGAAACUUGCUCUUGCAUGUCCUGAACGCCGGAGGAAUUCGCGCGUGAUUCCUGACAUCAAUUUGCAUCCUCGACGGAAAAUCUAUCUUUGGAUAAACCAUGGCAACGGUGCCCGAUGUUUCAACUGCAGCAACAACGGAGCCGGAGGUGCCGAUCGAGCCCGCGCCCACGACCCGGCCGGCCCGCCGUCGUACAUGAGAUUGAUUGAGGUGUGAACCUCUGCAGCAGGGCUGAUGAAUACUAUGAGCAUUUCCGAAGCGAGCAAGGAUGGUCUCACUUUUGACAACGAAGUCUACGACUCCUUCGAGUUUUUGCUGUAGUGAGUAGCAUAUCAUUUUGCAACGGUUGUGCACACUGCUCGAGCCGUAACGUCGACAGACAAGCGGUCUGACCAACCCACAUUUCCAAUACUACACUAAAGUAAGAUAAACCGAAGCAUCUACAUACUACUUCGGGACCACAUUGUACAUACCAUAGGGAAAUAAAAGUAAAAGAGCAUAGCGCUCCGUAUCCAUAUAAGGCUCUUUGCGCUAAAAAUGUCGAGACAGCAGCAUGUCGGGAACAAAAAGAAAUCUUCCGAUCGUGAAUUAUCUCUGCAUAUAA